AUGACUUCCCCAGAGAAUCCCAAAGGAGUAGUCUCCGAUGAAUCGAACGAUUCGAGUGACGAAAAGUCGCCAACACUGUCUCCUACCGGAUCUGUGCAAGAGCCUGCCCAAGAAGCCUCGAACCCACGGCCAGUACGUGGAUUCAAAUGGUUCUUAGUCUGCGCGUCUCUCUACAUCGGAGCCCUCAUAUAUGGCCUUGAUACUACCAUUGCUGCUGAUAUCCAAGCUGCUAUCGUCGAACGUUUUGAUAAUGUCGAGCGUCUCACGUGGGUUGGCACGGCUUUCCCUCUCGGAUCCGUGUGUGCCAUUCUACCUGUUUCUGCCAUGUUCCACAAUUUUGACCUCAAACCCCUAUUCAUUGGGAGUAUUUUAAUUUUUGAAGUUGGUUCUGCAGUCUGUGGAGCUGCACCAAGCAUGAACGCACUGAUUGUGGGAAGAACUAUUGCUGGACUUGGUGGCUCGGGCAUAUUUCUCGGUACUCUCAAUUACUUUUCUCUCUGCACGACUGAGAAAGAACGCGGUCGCUAUAUUUCAGGAAUUGGGGUGGUCUGGGGAACAGGCGCUGUCCUUGGGCCUGUUGUAGGAGGAGCCUUCUCCACAUCUUCUGCAACAUGGAGAUGGGCAUUCUACAUUAAUCUCGUUAUUGCGGCCGUGUGCGCACCAGCGUACAUCUUUUGUCUGCCCUCCGUGAAACCGCCCGGCGCGCCAGACACUUCCGUUUUCUCACGACUCAAGGGUCUCGACUGGGUUGGUUUUAUUGGAGGUACUGGGUCAAUGGUCUCCUUUGUGAUGGCUCUGACUUUUGCUGGCUCGAUUUGGCCCUGGAAUGAUGGCCGUACCAUUGCGACUUUUGUGGUCUCUGGUGUGCUGCUGAUUUUGGUCCUUCUCCAGCAGUACUUUGUUCUCUUCACCAACCGCUCGGCUCGCAUGUUUCCACCACGCCGCCUUCUGAAAGAUAAAGAACUUAUCUUAUUAAACAUUGUGACUGCUGCUGGCGCUACCAAUAUCUACGUGCCAGUUUACUAUAUCCCCGUUUAUUGCUCCUUUGUGCAUGGAGACAGUGCGUUAAUGGCUGCCGUUCGCUUGCUUCCAUAUAUUUGCUUUCUUGCAUCCAUGAACAUGCUCUCGGGUGCCUGUCUUCCAAGGAUCAGCUAUUACUGGGCUUUAUAUUUAUUCGGCGGCGUCCUUAUGGUUAUCGGCAGUGCCACUUUGUACACGGUUGACAUUGAUACCAAUAUGUCAAAUGUGUACGGAUACAGCGUUCUUCUUGGAGCUGGUACUGGAUUGAUCUUCCAGGCUGGUUAUACCGUCGGGGGAGUCAAAACUAUGAUGUCCACUGGCUCCGGUCUAGAUGUGCAGCGUGUCAUUUCCAUGCUCAACCUAUCUCAGCUCGGGUUCCAAAUGGGUAGUUUGCUUAUCGGUGGCCAGAUCUUUCAAAGUGUGGCCGUGAAGAAUCUCACUGAUGUCUUAUACGGCCAGGGGUUUUCUGACGCAGAGAUUAGGUCCGCUGUUGCAGGUACAGCGAGCAAUCUCUUUGACUCACUGAGCCCUUCUCUGAAGAAAGCAGCCAUAUCGGCCAUCAUCACGGCCAUUAGCAGAGUAUACAUUAUCAGCAUUGCUGCUGGUGCGAUCACAAUAAUUUGUGCGGUAUUCAUGAAAAAGGAGAGGCUGUUUCCCAAAGCAGCACCAUCUGACAUGGUCGUUGCAGGCGGAGCUUGA